UGAUCGUUUGCCAAAGUAAUAAUUAUCAAAACACCGCAACUUCCGAUAGCCAAAACAUUAAACCCCAGUUUUAAAAAAACAAAAUUUUAAAAAUAAUAUCUUAAAUUAAUUUAUAAUAUGUUCGUGACUAUUAAGCCACGUAAAUAAGAGUUUGAUCGAUCGCGUACACAAUGAAGCUAAGAAAAGUGUAGUAUUAGUGUAAUAGUCACAAAGUAUUACAAGUUGCAACAGUAUACUCAAACUUACUUGCGACAAGUUCAAAGUUAAUGAUAAAAUGAAGUCUUUGAGAAAUAAACCCACUUGUGGAUAUUUUGGUAACAAAUUAAUUCAACGGUCAGCUGAUUUUCAUUCAUCAACAGCCGCCUUCAUGCACGUCAGGGAAAAUAUCAAAGACCUGGGUAAAGUCGCCGACGAUACUGAUUUAUUAUUCCUCAAGGGUUUAUUAGACAGUCCCGUUGUCAAUUCACUGGUCAGGUUACAAGAAAGAUUGGAAGAACCCCCUAAAGCAAUAGAACCAAUUUACCCCGAGAUUUGUGACGUAGCUGAAGAAAUAUCUUACGUGUUUGAAACGUCAUUAAACUACGAAGCACGUGAGUUGUCACGAAUUUUAAAAAAGUCUCACGUGAAGGCACUUUUGGAAACGCAUGACGCAGUCGUAGAAGUACGAAAAGCUCCACCAGCUUCAGUAACAUCUCUAGGUAUACCAUCGUCAUCAGCAUCCUCAGAAUCUUCACAUAAAUCAACGAUGCCGAGUAGCGAAAGAACAGAAACUGUCCGGGUCGUUGGCCUGCGUCGUCAGCCAAAAGAACCUCUGGGAUUGACGGUCCAAGUUGACGAUAGGGGCAACUUAAUAAUUGCGCGGAUUCUCGGAGGCAGCACAGUCUCACGUCAAGGUCUCCUUAGACCUGGAGAAGUUAUUAUGGAAGUUAACAAUAAACCUGUUCAUACUGCUGAUGAACUUCAGCAUGCGAUACAAGCAGCCAAAGAAAAUUUAUCAUUGAAAGUCGCUCCAGGUAUCUCCAGUGAUAAUAAUAAGCCCAUUAAAUCGACUUGUUACAUGCGAGCACUGUUCGAUUACGACCCAUCAGAAGACACUCUCCUUCCAUGCCGGGAAAUAGGGUUACCAUUCAACCGAGGUGACAUCCUACAGAUCGUCGACCAAGCGGAUCCUAACUGGUGGCAAGCCCGCCGUGUCGAAGGCGAAGGUCUCGGCGCCCCGGGUCUAAUUCCCUCUCUAGAGCUCGAGGAGCGUCGCAAAGCCUUUGUUCCUCCCGAGGCAGACUUUGUCCAUAAAAUCGGUAUCUGCGGGACUCGAGUAUCCCGUAAGAAGAAGCGCAAAAUGUACGAAUCGAAAUCAAACGGCGAAUUCGAUAGCGCCGAGCUACUCCUCUAUGAAGAGGUCGCACGAAUGCCUCCUUUUCGUCGUAAGACUUUGGCACUCGUCGGACCACGAGGUGUCGGCAGAAGGACUUUGAAGAACCGCUUAAUUAAUAGCGAUCCUGAAAAAUUUGGUACCAUCGUUCCCUACACUUCGAGACCUCCAAGAGUCUUGGAAGAAAAUGGAAAAAGUUACUGGUUCACAGAUCGCGAGUCGAUGGAAAAUGAUAUCAAGCAGCAUCGGUACCUUGAGUUUGGUGAAUAUGGAAAUCAUCUUUACGGAACAAAAUUAGAUUCAGUCCGUGAAUUAAUUCGUGCUGGUAAAAUGUGUGUACUGGAUUGUAGUCCAGGUGCUUUGAAAACUUUACACAACAGCACUGAAUUUAUGCCCUACGUUAUUUUUAUCGCGGCACCGGGAAUGGAACAACUUAAAACUCUUUACGAUCAUGGAAGAUCUACUGGUGCGAGCAGUCGUAAUUUAACCUUUGAUCGUCAAAGCUCCAUACGAUACAGUUCCCGACGUGCUAGGACCUUAGAAUCACUUGCAUCAUUGUACGAGGAAGACGAUUUAAGGUCGACAUUAGAAGAAUCAGCUGCCUUACAGAGAGCUUAUGAAAAAUAUAUCGAUUUGGUUAUCGUUAAUGAAGAUUUUGACAAUACAUUUCGUCAAGUAGUUGGUGCAUUGGACGCAUUGGCUACUGAACAUCAAUGGGUACCUGUUAAUUGGAUCUACUGAUUUUUAUACAUAAUAAAUUAAAAUAUAUACGUCAGUAAAUAAUUAUAUGAAUAGUGAAAUAAAUUAAUUUGGUUGAUUUAUUAUUA